UAGGUUGGCUUGUCUUUGUGUUGGUUCUUUUGAUGAUAUUUUCUGCUUCCAUUCUAGUCCUAUUGCCCCCGUGGUUUUGAAUAACUCCUGCUUCUGAGUCUCUACUUUGCUUCAGUCAACUACUCAGUCAACUACUAGUUCUGGUUCUCACUGCUGGGUCACGAAGCAAGUGCUGGCUGUGAGUAGAGCAGGCAUAUGAGAGAAGCCGAGAGAAACUCCAACGAGUGGAUAUAAGGGCACAUCACACUCGCCAUGGACGACGUUCCAGACGAGCCAGAGGACUACUUCCCAACCCCAGCUCCCCCCGAAAACCCCAUCAUCAUUCUCCCUACCUCAUCAACCAACUUCCCUCUGCCCACUCGUUCCACUCCCGACGAAGCAGUCGAAGACACGAGUGAGGACGAAGACCCAAGCACCGGCGUAUCCACUCCCAAAACCCCCAUGACCGAGGCCGAAAGAGCCCACGCGCUCUAUCUUCACACUACCACCACCGCCGCUUCAGCAGCUAACCUCGAGGGAUCCAGAUACUUCCGGUCCAAUGACCUCGUGCAGGCCGAGGCGCUGUAUACUAAAGCUAUUCUCAUCGACCCGUCGGCUCCGAUGUUGUAUACCAACCGCGCGAUGGCGAGGCUAAAGCUGGGGCUGUUGGAAGGCGUGCUGGAGGACUGCUCGUCGAGUUUGGCGAUUAAGGAGAAGGCGAAUAUGAAGGCGCGGCAUUACGGGGCGCAGGCGCUAGUGGGACUGGGGCGUGGAAGGGAGGCGCUGAAGGAGGCGAUGGAGGCGUAUAAGAUUGCUGCGAAGGAGGAGGCGGGGAGUUUGGGGAGUGUAGUGUCUGUGGUGUUGAAGUGUAAGAAAGCUGCGUGGGAGGAGAGGGAGCAGGAGAGGCUUGCGGGGACGGAGGGGGUGAGGGGGAAGGUUGUGGAGGGGUUGAGGCGGGAUUUGGAGAGGAGAGUUGAAGGGGCUGAGGAGGGGGAGAGGGAGGGCCUGAGGAAGGAGGGAGAGGAGAUGAUUGAGGAGGUUGAGAGGGUGUGGGUUGAGGCUGGGAAGGCGGAGAAGAAGAGGGUUGUGCCGGAUUGGGCGGUUGAUGAUAUUACCUUCUCCUUCAUGGUCGAUCCGGUUAUAACAAAAACGGGCAAAUCCUACGAGCGCGCCUCAAUCAUGGAGCACCUCCGCCGCUCUCCCACCGACCCGCUCACGCGCGAACCACUGCGCAUCGACGAGCUACGGCCCAACCUGGCGCUGCGGGAGGCGUGCGAGGAGUUCCUGAAGGAGAAUGGGUGGGCUGUUGAUUAUUAAUUUCGUGGUAAAUUGGCUAGAUGGUGCAGCAUGGGGCAUUGCAGUGGUCGGGUUAGCGGCAUCAUAGCGGGAUAUGGGAUGAGAUAGGGAUAGGUAUACCCAUGUAUAGUUUGGACUGAUAAUGGAGCGUUGUUGUUUUGAGGU